UUUUUUAUUGUCUGUGACAUUUUAUCCGAAUCUUUUCCACACGAGGUGCAUUUUCAUGUUUUGAAUGUAUAGUAUUUGAAAUAUACGAAAAGUUAUUGAAGAAUUGCAGAUUUGACAUUGUUGUUCUAUUGUUAACAACAUUUUAAUUCAUAAAAAUGCUGACAUUCUUAAUCUAAACACUAGACAUAGAAUUAAUCUAUGGGGGAACUUUUGUCGUGGAUUAUUGAAGUGUCAAGAAACUGCCAUGAAUGUCGGAGCAGUAUGUGGAGAAGGAGCUGGGGAGGUGGGCUUGAUAGCUGAUGACUUGAGCCGCGCUGUGGAGCUCACUCUGAACCCCACUGUAUCACAGGAUGCACGCAAUCAGGCCUACAUAGCAUGUGAGAGCUUUAAGGAAAAUUCACCAUGGUGUGCCCAAGCUGGAUUGCUCCUAGCCAGCGGCAACCAGUACUCUGCAGUGGUCAAGCACUUUGGUUUACAGCUUAUGGAAAAUACAGUCAAGUAUAAAUGGCCUCAGAUUACACAAGCUGAAAAAAUAUUUAUUAAGGAAAAUGCCAUGAAGCUUCUUUACUUAGGCGGCUGGGAAACUGGUCACCUGAAUGAUGCCUUGGCCCGCGUGAUUGUGGAGAUGAUCAAACGUGAGUGGCCUCAGCAGUGGCCCACGUUGCUAGCAGAGCUCAGCGACGCUUGUGCCAGAGGGCACCAGCACACACAGAUUGUGUUGCACAUAUUCCUAAGAUUGGUGGAGGAUGUUGCUACUCUACAGACUCUAGAGCAGAAUCAGAGAAGGAAGGACAUCUACCAAGCACUCACAAGCAACAUGUCUGAGAUCUUCGCAUUCUUCAUGCGGCUCAUUGAGCUUCAUGUGCAGGAGUUUAGAGAGAAGACUGCUGCCGGCGACUACGCUGCUGCUGCGAGUAACGGCAAAGUGGUACAAGUAGUACUGCUAACGCUGACGGGUUUCGUAGAGUGGGUGUCGACCAACCACGUGGUAGCCAACAAUGGGCGGCUGCUGGAGAUCCUGUGCUUCCUGCUGCAGGACGAUGCGUUCCAGCUGUGUGCUGCCGAGUGUCUGCUGCAGAUUGCCAAUAGGAAGGGCUCCAACAAAGAGCGCAAGCCUCUAAUGAUAUUAUUUAGCGAAGAAGCAAUACGUUGCAUUCAUCGUGCUGCCAUUGCGAGCCUUAGUAUAAUUGAUGAGAACCAUUAUUUGUUCCUAAAGAAACUCUCACAGGUGUUAGCCGGUCUCGGUCAGCAACUGACUACCCUUUGGAACAACGCAACAAACGUGGAAUCCUGGAUGCCAAUAUUUCUGGAGACAUUGCUAUUACUGACCCAACACCCGUCUUUGACGAUCGCCCAGACAAUCAACAGCGUGUGGCUGGCUUUGUUCAAACACGAGCAGAUUUCUAAAUUGCCGCAGUUGUUGGAAGUCGUGCCGAGAUGGCUGCAAGCGUCCGCCCCUAAAGUGCUAAAAGUGACCUAUCCGACAUCGCGUGUGAGCGGCAUGAAUGACGCAGUAGCGUACGCUUGUAUCGACUACGACAGCGAACAAGAAUUUGCUGUCUUCUUUGGCCGGUGUCGCACCGAGAUUUUGGAGAGUUUCAAAAACUGUAUGACGGCUGCGCCGCUAGUGACGUGGUCGUACGUGGAGCAGUGGACGAGCUCUGCGCUGGACAAAGUGGACUCUUGUCCGCCGGAGCUCGACGUCACGCAUCCGCUGCAUGUCCAGUGGGAGGCCUUGUCGCAGGUGCUGGACGUGGUCCUCUCGCGGCUGCUGCAAGCGGAGCCGCGGCCCAACGUAGUGGAGGGCUUGCAGCUGCUGCAGCGCUGCGUCGCCUGCGCGCCCCCCGCCCCCCUCAUCUUGUCUCUGCUGCUGUCGCUGAUAUCGGCGCUGUUCGUGUUCCUCAGCUGCGCUUCCAGCCAGCUGCACGGUCCGAGCGUGAGCGCGGCGGGCGCGGAGCUGCUGCCGCGCGUGCUGGAGAAGGUGUUCGCGGCGCUGGCGUACGCCGGCCCGCGGCCCGCGCUGCGCCGCUCGCGCGCGGUCAAGAACGUGCGUCGCCACGCCGCGGGGCUGUUGGUCAAGCUGGGGUACAAGUAUCCUUUGCUACUGUUGCCGGUGUUUCCUCGGCUGCACGAAUUGUGUCGCUCAGCGUUGGCUAGGCCCGACCUCAGCGCAGUGGAGAGUGUCACGUUACAAGAGGCAUUGCUGCUCGUGUCUAAUCACUUCUGCUGUUAUGAGCGGCAGAGCGCGCUUGUUGCACAGGUGCUGGGCGACUGCAGCUCGCGCUGGGCCGCGCUGGCGCCGCACGUGUCGAGCGCGGCGGCGCUGGCGCGGCUGGUGGGGCUGCAGGCGCCGCCCGCGGACGAGCCCGACGACGACUGCGGCAGAGCGAGACGCACGCUGCUGCACGCUCUCACUCUCACGCUCGGCGUCGUCAAGCGCACCUGCGUGCCGCACGACCCGGACAAAGCAUCGCGCGGAGGCUUCAGCGCAGGCGUCACACCCUCCGGUAAUCCAAUAUGGCGGAACCCUUGCGGCUCCCACGUCCUUCCUCUAUUCCCCCACGCGUUAGCCCUGUGCCGAUCCCUUCACGACCUUCAUUUGCCAAACGCUGCGGGCCUGAGACAUCCAGAACAUGCAAGGGCACUAGCGACACCAACGGCGGAGUUGAGAAACUUAUUGGGCACCAGAGACCAUGACGUUUCGGCUGUAACUUCUACUCCGCAAGAUCGGAUGCAAAACUUUUUACACACGCUUCAUGAUAAUGUGUGCCAUCUAGUGGGCGCUGCGGCGGCUACUCUCGGGCGAGAGCUGUACUCCGCUCCGGGUCUCGCCAAAUACUUGAUCACAUCGUUACUGCACGGACUGCCGGCGUUGCCGGACCACUGGCUGCGGCCGAUACUGCGCAACGCCCUCAAGCCGCUGCUGCACCACUGUCCGCCCGCACAUCACGAGGACGUGGCUCUUGCACUACACGAACACUUCGCUCACACCAUGUUAGUCCACUUAUCCCAGCGCUGGGAUUACAUCACAUCUCUGUACGAGUCUGGCAAGUUGGAAGAAGAAGGCGGCAGUGAGUCGCAAGAAGUGAUAGAAGACAUACUAGUGAGGCACCUGACUAGGGAAUAUCUGGAGGUGCUCAAGAUCUCCCUAGUGGACUCUCCAUUGAUCUCUCCAGUGGACGUGGGUAAUGAGGGGGGGAUGGAGGAGGACCCAAUUCCCCCCCUGCGGCAGCCCGACACCGUGUCGGAGCUGGGGGAUAAGCUGCUACAGAGCCCCAUUGCGGGGCCCGCCAUACUUCACACGAUCCUGCGCGCGUUGACGUGGAACGACUCGAUCUCGUCGCUGCGCGCGUGCGCGCUGGCGAUGCCGGCGCUGCGCGGCGCGCUGGCGCGGCGCGCGCUGGCGCCGGACGCGGCGGCCGCGGCGCUGGCGGCCGUGCUGCAUGCGCUGCGCACGCACGGACAGCACGACGGCAACCAAGCGGCGUUGCUGGCGCUCGCCGUGCAGGCAUACGAAAUGCUCAGACCCCAUUUCCCCGUUGUCGCCAACCUCCUCCGCGAGAUCCCCGACGUAGACGAGCACGACCUGCAGAGGCUGGACGACAAGCUGGUGGCGGCGGGCGGCAAGCCCAGCAAGAUAGACAAGAGCAAGCGGGACCUCUUCAAGAAGAUCACCGCCAAGUUGAUCGGUCGCAACGUGGGCCAGCUGUUCAGGAAAGAAGUGUUCAUCUUGAACCUGCCGUCGAUGCACGCGGCCAAGGAGAGGCCGCGCAGCGCGCUGGAGGCGCCCGACGGCGCGGCGCUCGACAAACUCUUCGCCAGCGGCGGCCUCUAGCGCGACCGACCUACGCAAUACUACGCACUCUGUGAAUAUUAUUAAAUUAUGUUAUUUACGCCUGA